CAGCCCUACAUCAGAUGCAGCGGGAGCUCCACUUUCCCCUCGAAGGUAGAGCGAUCGUCCUUUAGCUGCUUCUCUCUCUCUCUCUGACAAAGCGUCGGGGCGAACGAAAAUCGAGAGGGCCCUUAUGGAGGCGGUCAUUCUGCGGCGUACGCUCGAGAAGCUUUCGUCUUAUGAGGUCACGGAAGUCAUCACACGCGCUGGCUUCAGAACUGAACACGAUAGGCUGAUUGGACGGCUGGCCGAUAUUUAUUUGGCGGUUGCGACUGCAGGAUGGCCGGAUUGGGCAUCGCGGUAUAGGCGCAAACUUAAAGAUGCGUGUUCCUUAUCUGAUCGUUUCGUUGAUUUGAUCCAUAAAUUUCGGCACAGAUCGCGCGCAGCAACACAGUUCUAUAGAAUGGAAUGCUCCGGUAAUUCCCCGGCGAAGUGGCACAUUGAGAUCGGCAUCUGUGGAAUCGAAAAUUUUAGGAAGAGAUGGAGACAAACAAAAGAUCUUGGAGAUCAUCUUUUCUCGAUCGUUCAACCGCCUCCGUUUUGUUCGCAUUUCCGGUAGUGACGGAUCGGGAAAGACAGCCCUUGCUCGGCUGGUUUACAAUGACCUGUGUGUGAAGGAAUGGUUUGACUGCCGAAUGUGGGUCACUACGCCUGAAAAUUUUGAUAUCGAGCUGAUUGUGAUGAAAAUUAUAAAGUGUGUAACCCAGUUAGCUAAUCAUACGCUAGAUUUAGGAUCACUCAAUAAGCCGUACGAUUAUCUUCACCGAGUCCUGCGUGGGAGGAGAUUUUUCCUUGUUCUGGACGACAUCUGGGUGAAAAAUGAACAUGAGUGGAAUAUAUUUAAGUCAUUUUUGAGCAUUGGCAAGAAAGGGAGUACUGUCAUCACGACCGUACGAGAUGGAGAUUCGGUGAUAAUUGGGUCUGCUGUCCCAUAUGAACUUACUGUCCCAUAUGAACUUAAACCAUUACCAGACGAUGUAUGCUUUGAUCUGUUAGUGAAGAAAGCUUUCGGAACUAAAAACGAGUUGGAUUUGAUGGGCUUCUGUGAGAUAGUUAAGAUGAUAGUAAAAUUGUGUCGUGGCUUGCCCUUAGCAAUAAACAUGAUAGGUGGGAUUUUGCAGUGUCACCCAGAAAAUCCAAGCCAUGUACUGGAGUAUCUGAAUUCAUAUAGUAGUGGAGAUCUAAAUAUACAUACUUUGAUCGAAUUCAGCUAUUAUACUUUGCCAUGGCAUCUCCAGUUUUGCAUUUUGUACCUGAUGAUGUUCCCUAAAGAUUAUACUUUUGAUAAGCACGAAAUAAUUGAUUUAUGGAAUGCUUAUGGCUUCAUUCCGUGCACACAUCAAGAUGAUACAAUCGAAGAUUAUGGUGGUCAUUGCGUCAAUAUAUUGGUCUCUUAUGACUUCCUUCAGGAGGUGCAAUACCCAGAUGGCCAAGGAAAUUUAAAAUACUGUAUUAAUUCUCAAGUAUAUACUUUUUUGAACUAUGCUGUUGGAAUUAAACACAUGGGAACAGAUGCCAUUUACGGGAUGAUGUGUGUAAAAAUGAGUAAUGACCGAUGUGAUUUCCCAGGAUGGAUUAGACAUUUAUCAUUGUUAUGUGAUGAGAAAACUAGGACAUUUCCCAGUGCUUUAUCACAUUGUAAAAAUCUACGGACAUUGCUCUUAGUUAAAAACAGCAAAAUGGAUGAGCUUAAGCAGAAAAUCGGGAUUACACAGAGUAAUGAUGAUCUUUUCUCCCAUUUAAAAAAUCUCUGUGUGUUGGAUCUACAUUCUUGUUCCAUUUCUGAGCUACCUAAAUCAAUUAAGAAGUUAUCAUGCCUAAGGUACCUCAAUCUUUCAGAAACUGAUAUAGAAACUAUUCCAGGGUCUAUAGGGAACCUCCGGGAACUACAGGUUCUUAAUCUCUCUUAUUGCAGGAAUUUUCAUACAAUUCCAGAGUCGAUUGGGAGCCUCCAGAAUAUGCUGAUUCUUAAUCUCUCUUAUUGCAAGGAACUUUGUACUCUCCAUCCGUCCAUCACCAAGCUUGAAAAUUUGCAAACUUUAAACCUUGAAGGUUGUUGCAAGCUUGGCAAUUUGCCCGAAGGCAUGUAUUAUGUAAGAGAGCUGAGACAUCUUAAUAUACUAGAGUGUUUCUCGUUAACUUGCAUGCCAAGUCGGAUGGGGCAGUUAUCUCACCUCCAGACUUUGUCAAGAUACAUUGUGACUGCUGAGGCAGGGUGUACAAUUGUGGAGCUACAGAACCUAGUUAAUCUUAAAGGAGCACUACGGAUUGAGAACCUUGAGAAGGUAUUGGACCCAGAAGAAGCCAAACAAGCAGAGUUGAAUUCUAAGAGCAAUGUUACGUCAUUGGCAUUACAUUGGAGUUGGCUGAACUUCCAUAAUGAUGAUAACAAAUCUUCUGAGAUAACUGCGCUGCAUGUGCUUGAAGCCCUCCAACCGCCUCCACAUUUAGAGAUACUAGAAAUAUUUUCAUACCCUGGAAGAGGGGCACCUGAAUGGAUGACAAAUGAGUCAACUCUUAAAUCUAUGGUUGAGAUUAGGCUAGUUAACCUUAAGGGAUUGGAAAGUUUACCACCGCUCGGAUUAUUUCGUUUUCUGAAGGUCAUUGAGAUAAGAGGAAUGAAUGCAGUGACCUGUGUUGAUGAUUCUUUUCUUGGAAAUUGUGGUAUGUUCUUUUCACUGGAAAAACUUACUUUCUCUCAAAUGCCUAAUCUGGAGAAAUGGGUGUCAAAAAUUAAUGGCGACAGAUUCCCUUGUCUUACAGAUUUGACAAUAGCUUACUGUCCUAAGCUGAAGGUGCUGCACUUUAGUUGCUCAUCUCUUGACAAGUUGACUUUGCUGUUUAAUAAUGCAAUGCUAUACAGCACACCUGGAGCUCUGAAAUAUUUCGGUAGAUCUCUUCGGAAGCUUACAAUUGGAUUAUGCUGUGAGCUGGUUGCAACUUCAACAUGUGAGGCGCUGCAUGACCUUACAGCUUUGGAGGAGCUGGAAAUCUCUGAGUGCAAUGAGCUGAUUCGUUUGCCACAGGGCAUGCGCCAUCUUACAUCCCUCCGUUACUUGACUAUAACGAACUGUAGAAAUUUGGAGACUUUGCCAGGUUGGCUAAGGUACUCAGCAUCCCGGCCUGAAUUGAUCAUAUCUGGUUGCCCAAAGCUGCGUCAUCAAAUAUGAUGCUAGAAGUAUCAGAGCACUACAUGCUUAAAUCCUGGAGAUGCUGAUUUUCUUAUACUCAAGAAACCAAAAAUUUGUGAAUUGCCUUAUUGUCAGAAAAAUGAGGUUAUUGAAGCCAUGAAGUAGAAGUGCUGCACAUUUGACUGAACUUCACAUCAACAGAUUGUGUAGAUUUGGGACUGCAGCAGCACGGACAUUGAUGCAAAUUUUUAUUUAGCUAGAGUAUUUAGGGCAAAGAAUUACAAUAUUGCAUUGUUUGUGGCUUACUACCUAUUGUGGCAGAAUGAUUUCAAUAACUUUGCAUACUUUCUUUAGAUGUAAUUGUUUGGGA